GGCGUUAGUCAACUAUUACUCAACGAACCACAUUCUACUCUGGCUGAAUGCAUAGGCUAGGAGGCGUCGGCCUCGCCGCUUUCGAUAGGCAGCAACAGUCCCAUCGCUCUUUUGCCGAGCUUUCAUCUGAACUCUCCAAGGCUCAGGUCGAUCACCUCCAGAUCCAGCUCACUCAAUUCCGGAGUGCUCUUACUCACUUCGCCACUACACACCGGGAGCACAUUAAGAAGGACCCCGCAUUUCGCCAUGCCUUCCAGCGCAUGUGUGUCAGUAUCGGCGUCGAUCCAUUAGCCGGGCCAAGGAAGGGCGGCUGGUGGGCCGAGAUGCUCGGCAUCGGAGACUGGCAAUACGAACUCGGCGUGCAGAUUGUCGAUGUCUGCGUCAGUACACGAGAGCGCAAUGGAGGAAUCAUCGAGAUGAGCGAGCUCGUGAGGAUGGUCAGCAAGCUACGGGGCGUCGAGAGCGGGGUCAUCACGGAGGACGACGUCGUACGGAGCAUCAAGACUCUCGAGCCUCUUGGAGCAGGGUACGAGGUCAUCAAUGUUGGCAAUGGAAGAAAGAUGGUGCGAAGUGUGGUUAAGGAGUUGGACGAGGAUCAAGCAAUUGUGUUGGCCGAAGCUGCGCUCGAGGGCGGGGUUAUUGUCGAGGGGACACUGGAACGGAAAAGGGGCUGGACUCGCGAGAGGGCUCGAGCAGCACUGGAGAACAUGCUUUUGCGGGAUGGUCUAUGCUGGGUGGAUGAACAGGACCCAGUGCAUGGCAGGUCGUACUGGGUGCCCUCGGCAAUGCGUUGGGAGGAGUAGGUGCGGUCGCUUUGGCAAACCUUUGCAUCCCUGUGACUUGCUGGUUUCUGGCUGGAUCACUGACUUUCUCUUCGUCAUAGAUGUCGAUGUCCUGUUAAUGUUACUUUCCAACUGUAUAAAGACUGUAACUACUGCACUACUGUAGACUGC